AUGGGUCUGGUCUUCCUUCCUCCUCUGGUUUUCUUCCACAUCAGACACCGCUGUCUUCAUAUUCCACAGAAACAAACCAACCCUCCCAAUUUUUACCCAUAACAAAUCUCCCAUCUCUCCCACAGCUCACACAUAAAAGCCCCAUCACCACUCCCACACCACCCCCCAUCUCACCAUUAAUUUAUAAGCUCUAUCCUUUUUGGAUUUCCUCCUUCUCCUUCUUCUUCUGCUCUGUUUUCCUUUUCUUCUCUUGAAUCCAAAGAUUGCUCCUUUUUUCUUUGACUAUGGGCUCUGGCUUCUCGUUCUUCAAGGCAGACCCUGUUGGGUGCUCGCCUCUGCCGUCAAAACCCGGUCUUGGGGACUUGCCAGAGAGCUGCGCGGCGGAGAUUAUGGGCUACUUGGACCCGCCGGAGAUUUGUAAGCUGGCUAAAAUGAACCGGGCUUUUCGUGGGGCUUCGUGGGCUGAUUUCAUUUGGGAGGCCAAGUUGCCUAGUAAUUAUCAGAUUAUUGUGAAGAAAGUGUUUGGUGAUGGGUUGGGGAGUUUGGGGAAGAGAGAUGUGUAUGCGAGGCUUUGUAGGCCUAAUGCUUUUGAUGGGGGAGCCAAGACGGUUUGGCUGGAUAAGAGCACAGGAUCUGCUUGUUUGUCGAUUUCGUCAAAGGGAUUAGCAAUUACCGGAAUUGAUGAUCGGCGAUAUUGGAAUCAUAUUUCUACUGAAGAAUCGAGAUUUAGCACUGUUGCAUAUCUUCAGCAAAUAUGGUGGUUUGAGGUAGAUGGGGAAGUUGAAUUCCCAUUUCCAGCUGGGAAAUACAGCUUGUUUUUCAGGCUGCAGCUGGGACGCUCUUCUCAGAAGAGGUUUGGUCGCCGUGUUUGCAACACUGAGCAUGUCCAUGGCUGGGACAAAAAACCAGUGAGGUUCCAGCUAUGGACUUCAGAAGGCCAGUAUGCGUCAUCUGAGUGCUUUUUAACUGAACCUGGGAAAUGGAAUCACUACCAUGUGGGGGACUUUGUCGUGGAAAACCCAAAUGCAGCAACAAACAUUAAACUCUCGAUGACCCAGAUUGAUUGUACACACACCAAAGGCGGUCUCUGUUUAGACUCUGUAGUUAUAUACCCUAGUGAAUUUAGAGAAAGGUCGAAGCAGUUUUAGUUUGCCCUUCGCCUGUCAGAUGGGAAGAUCUGUAUCAUAUAGAGAUGGUCCAUCGUCAGAAGAAGAGAAUUUAGUGAGUGCUUCCGUUGAACCCUCCUCCAUAUGUAAGCAAAGAAAUGUGUACAUUCAUGUA